CACACACACACACACACACACACACACACACACACAGACACACACACACACACACACACACACACACACACACACACACAGCCCCUCCAUCCCGGUCCCAAUGUGUUAUUUACAUAUUUUUUGCCGCUGAUCGGAUCAGGUGCAAAACUGUUGAAGCUCAGCGGCUCACGGGGUCCCUCUCCCGUCAGAUGUCAGUAUUGCAGCUCAAAAUUCCUGUCACACAUUUCGAACUGCUCGGGAAAGAGGGGUCUGUCUUUUCCCGCUUGACUACAGAUCUUACGAUUUGACAAGAUGAGGCUUCAGGUGAAGUUUAUCACCGGCGAGGGUAUCGAACUUGAUGUCGACCCUUCCAUUCAAGUGUCGACUCUCAAGAUGGAAAUCCAGCAAAAGACCAACGUGCCCAUUUCCCAACAGCGUCUGCUGGUACAAAAUGGUCAAAGCGUGGAGAUGCAGGACAACAGAAGUCUCAGCUACUACAACCUCUACCCCAGCCCCACCGUGAUGCUGCUGGUCAGGAAAGAGGAAUCCAUGCAGAUAUUUCUCCAAAAUGACCAGGGGAAAACCAGGACCUACGAUGUACUGCCCUCUGAGACCGUGAAGAGUUUUAAAGAGCAGGUCCAUCGGCAGGAGGGCGUCAGACCCGAACAGCAGCGCCUGGUUUAUAACAGCAAUCAGUUGGAGGAUGGCCGACUGCUCUCCGACUACAAUAUCAGACCACGAACCACCAUCUUUCUGACACUCCGUCUACGUGGAGGCUGAUUUACUCCUACGGACAUUUUAAAAAUAAUUUAAUGGUAUUUAAUUGCAUUCCUGUAUUCUGUUGCUCAUUUGAAAUGAGACCAAUUCUUGGCACAUUGUUACUCUAUCCUACAAUGUUUUAAAACAAAUCCUAAUAAAAACUUGGAUUUGGUGGGGAUGACUUACUGCUUUAAGGUCCUCAAGAAUUAAUUGCUUUAGUUACUGCAUUCUUCCAAUGGACUUUUGUUUUCAUUUUAGCAUUAAAAGUUUAAUGAAAUCAGAUUAGAUGAAUUUUUAAAUGACUUGCAAUUUCAUUGUUUAAAUUUUCAAUAUGAUUUGAAAUGAUUUUUUUAAAUAAAAGUUCAAAUGCAUGAA